AAGUUCCAAGUGUCAACACAAUGUAAACACGUGCGAGCGGCGCAAGAUGAACAAGCAUGUGUGUCAUCGUGAGAUCUUUUAAUAAUAUUCCCCUGUACAUUUGCACAGCAUUAAAUUGACCAUACAGGACAGUCCAUUCGAGGGAUAUCGAGCAAAAUGAAGUUUGCAUAUAAGUUUUCAAAUCUGCUCGGAGCUGUCUAUCGUCAGGGGAAUCUAAGUUUCUCUAAGGACGGCAACGCUGUAAUCAGUCCAGUUGGAAAUCGAAUCUCCAUCUUUGACCUCAAAAGCAACACAUCGGUGACAUUACCAGUCUGCACUGCAAAGAACAUUACAUGCGUGGGAAUCUCACCGAAUGGGAACGUGGCAAUCGUGGUUGAUGAAGAUGGUGCAGCAUUGCUGGUCAGUCUCAUCACACGCGCCAUCCUUCAUCAUUUCCACUUUCAUAAACCUGUCAAUAGCAUCCGCUUCUCACCUGAUGGCAGAAAAUUUGUCGUCACGAAGGAGAAUGUUGCAUUGAUGUACCAUGCUCCUGGCAAGCAGCGGGAAUUCAAUGCCUUUGUGUUAGACAAAAGUUACCACGGUCCCUAUGAUGAAACAACCUGCAUCGACUGGACUGAUGACUCCAAGUGUUUUGUAGUGGGCAGCAAGGACAUGUCCACGUGGGUGUUUGGUGCAGAGCGUUGGAUGAAUCUGACCUACUACACGCUGGGUGGACACAAGGACAUCAUCGUGGGAUGUUUCUUCGAGAAAGACAGUCUGGAUCUGUACACAGUGAGCCAGGACGGGGUUCUGUGCCUCUGGGAGAGUGACACAGAGCUGGACUCCCUCGUUUUGAAGAAUAAACCAGACAAACCCAAGAUGCAGAGAAAGGAUGAGGAGGAGGAGGAGGAGGAUGAAGAGAGAGUGGAGGAAGCCCAAGAGGGAGAGGUCAUCAGAGGGAAAGCUCAAAAGUCCAAAAGUGAUAAGAAAACUAAGAAAGUCCAAUACAAGCAGAUUAGCAAGCACUUCUUCAACAAGGAGCGCGACUUUACAAACCUGACAGCGGCUGCCUAUCACAAGCCCACACACAUCCUGGUCACAGGUUUUUCCUCUGGAAUCUUCCACCUGCAUGAACUUCCGGAGGUUAACCUCAUCCACUCACUCAGUAUAUCAGACCAGAAAAUUGCUUCCGUGGCCCUAAACUGCUCUGGCGACUGGAUUGCCUUUGGCUGCUCGGGGAUGGGUCAGCUUCUUGUGUGGGAGUGGCAGAGCGAAUCGUACGUCUUCAAACAGCAGGGACACUUUAACAACUUGGCGUCGCUGGCUUACUCGCCAGACGGGCAGUACAUCGCCACAGGAGGAGAUGAUGGCAAAGUCAAAAUCUGGAACACCAACAGCUGCCUUUGCUUCGUCACCUUCACAGAGCACACCAGUAGCGUAACCAAUGUCGCCUUCACCUCCAGUGGCUUUGUUGUGGUGAGCGCCUCUCUGGACGGGACUGUAAGAGCGUUUGACCUUCACAGGUACCGAAACUUCAGAACAUUCACGUCGCCUCGCCCCGCGCAGUUCUCUACGCUUGCAGUAGAUACGAGUGGGGAGCUGGUGAGCGCAGGGGCUCAGGAUUCCUUUGAGAUUUUCCUGUGGUCCAUGCAAACUGGAAGACUGCUGGAGGUUUUAGGUGGCCACGAGGGUCCCGUUAGCUGCUUGUGUUUCAGUCCAGUUCAGUCAAUCCUGGCCAGUUCCUCGUGGGAUCGGACCAUCCGAUUGUGGGACAUGAAUGACAGCUGGCAAGUGAAGGAGACGCUUCACCUCACCACUGAUGCUUUGUCAGUGACUUACCGCCCUGAUGGUCAAGAGCUGGCAGUGGCCACGCUGAAUGGAGAAAUCUCCUUCUGGAACCCCAACACAGCGACACAGGUCAGCUCAGUGGCAGGACGUCAUGACCUGGAGAUGGGCCGCAAAGAGUCUGAUAAAGUCACCGCGAAGCAGUUGUCCAAGGCCAAGUGCUUCACAUCACUGUGUUACUCUGCUGACGGGGAUUCCAUUCUAAGUGGUGGCCAAUCCAAGUUUGUCUGCAUCAACAACGUCAAGGAACAGAUGCUCUUGAAGAAGUUUGAGAUCUCGUGCAACUUGUCCUUUGACGCCAUGGAGGAGUUCCUGGACCGACGUAAGAUGACGGAGUUUGGCAGCCUCGCUCUGGUGGACGAGGGAGCCGGAGACAAAGACGGGGUCAGCAUUAGUCUCCCUGGAGUGAAGAGGGGUGAUAUGAGCUCCAGACACUUUAAGCCUGAGAUCCGAGUCAGUUCGUUGCGCUUCUCUCCAACAGGGUGCAGUUGGGCGGCCACAACCACCGAAGGCCUGCUCAUCUACUCUCUCGACGGAUCUUUGGUCUUUGACCCCUAUGACCUUGAUUUAGACGUAACACCGGCCAGCAUACGCAAACAGUUGCGGCAUAAGGAGUGGGCGGCUGCCAUCGUUUUGGCAUUCCGACUCAAUGAAAAGGCUCUCAAACAGGAGGUGCUAGAGACGGUACCGCACGAGCAGAUUCCAGUCGUUUGUGGGACGCUCCCUGACAUUUAUGUGGAGAAGUUGCUGGGCUUCGUGGCAGCAUGUUUGGAGAAGUCAGGUCACUUACAGUUCUACAUGACUUGGGCCCAGAGCCUGCUCAUGUUGCAUGGACAAAAGCUCAAGAACAGAUCAGCAGCCAUACUGCCCACAUUGCAAGCUUUGCAGAAGAGCAUCCAGAGACACUGGGACAACCUGGCCAAACUCUGUGACUUCAACCUCUACAACAUCCACUAUGCUGUGGCCCUGUCCAAGCAGAGGGGCAUGAAGAGGGCAUUAGGGCAGGAGGAGGAGAAUAGCCAGGAUGAUGAUGAUGAUGAUCAAGAACAGUCUGAGGAGAUGAACGAGGCCAACUUGGAAGAUGAAGAGAUGAUACUGUAGACUUUGCAUCAAUGCCACAAUUGUAAAAGCUUUUGCUUUUCUUUUUUAAAUAAAUGUAUCAUAUAUAAA